AUGCCAUAUGAUUGUGCAUUAUCAUGUGUGCAACGUGGAACAGCAAACGAGAAGCCCGCUCUCAUGCAUACGCCCUCGUCCCUCUUGAUGAGCAAGAAGCAGUGCCAGGUUUUGGCCGCACGAGAAGGCGGAAACUCAACUCGGACGGAAGAUGCGCAUAUGCAAAGAGAUGCACACAGGCAGAGACCACAACUUCCUCAGCUCCAUCACGCUGCAUGCUCGGUGUGGUUACACAACAUGGAUGUUGAGAACCCCGUGCGGCCGACAGCCGCGCCCACAAAGACAGCCCUGGUCAACAUGGCCCUUGUGCAAAGUUCAAGGCCAAUCACACCAACAUCUCGACACCAUGAGAAGAAGAACGGCGUCGGCGCCUUGUCCAACAACAGCAGGACGGAGAACACUGCCCGGUUGCCUUCUCCCUCUCUCCCCCUCGUGAGACACCGCCGGCCGCCCACAACUCACCUUGCAAUUCCGCAACCGGUUGCUCUCCUGUGUUAA